CGUCAGGGCGGAGCGCGGAGCGCGGAGCUGUGAGGCCAGCGUCCAGCCUUAUAUUCCUGGUUGCUGUGGUCACUCACUGAUUCAAUGAACGGCACAAUGGCUGCAUCGUCGAACAGGAUCAUGCUGGGCCCCCUUGUUGCCGCUAUCGACCAAGGCACGAGUUCCACACGCUUUCUGGUUUUCAAUGCAAAAACAGCAGAGCUUCUCAGUCACCAUCAGGUUGAGAUUAAACAGAGCUUUCCUAAAGAGGGCUGGGUGGAGGAAGAUCCAAAAGAGAUUCUUCAGUCUGUGUAUGAGUGCAUGGACAGAACCUGUGAGAAACUGACCCAGCUCAACAUUGACAUCUCGAACAUAAAAGCUAUUGGUGUGACCAAUCAGAGGGAAACCACCCUUGUUUGGGACAAGGAAACCGGAGAACCACUUUAUAAUGCUAUAGUUUGGCUUGAUCUGCGGACCCAGUCAACGGUAGAAAGGCUCAUAAACAAAACUCCAGGCAGAAACAAAAACCAUCUUAAGCACAAGACUGGCCUACCCAUCAGCACAUACUUCAGCGCAGUGAAGCUACGCUGGAUGAUGGAUAAUGUUGAAAAGGUCCAUGAAGCUGUGCUCUCUCACAGGGCCAUGUUUGGAACAGUGGACUCCUGGCUUAUCUGGUGCCUGACGGGAGGGAAGAAGGGAGGUGUUCAUUGCACAGAUGUAACCAAUGCCAGCCGGACAAUGCUCUUCAACAUUCACACAAUGGACUGGGAUCCAGAGCUCUGCAAAUAUUUUGAUAUACCAAUGGAAAUUCUGCCAAAAGUGAGAAGUUCUUCAGAGAUUUAUGGUUUAAUGAAAAUCAGCUCUAAUCUGAAAUCUGGCCCUUUAACUGGUGUCCCCAUAUCAGGGUGUCUUGGUGACCAGUCUGCUGCGCUGGUGGGACAGAUGUGUUUCAAGGACGGACAAGCCAAAAAUACUUAUGGGACUGGUUGUUUCCUGCUGAAAAACGUAGGAACAAAGCCUGUAAUGUCGGACCAUGGACUCCUGACAACGGUCGCAUAUAAACUAGGGCGUGACAAGCCGGCCUGCUAUGCACUAGAGGGUUCAGUUGCCAUUGCAGGGGCAGUUGUGCGUUGGCUACAGGAUAAUCUCGGAAUUAUCCAAACCUCUACAGAGCUAGAGAAACUAGCUGCUGACGUUGGCACAUCAUAUGGCUGUUAUUUUGUCCCUGCGUUCUCUGGAUUAUAUGCGCCAUACUGGGAACCAAGCGCUAGAGGAAUCAUCUGUGGUCUAACGCAGUUCACCAAUAGGAGUCAUUUGGCUUUUGCAGCACUUGAAGCUGUCUGCUUCCAGACACGAGAGAUUCUGGAUGCAAUGAACCAGGAUAGUGGUAUUCAUCUGUCACAGCUCCAGGUUGAUGGAGGCAUGACGUCCAACCGGUUACUGAUGCAGCUGCAGGCCGACAUACUGUGUAUCCCAGUCGUAAAGCCAUCCAUGCCUGAGACCACAGCUCUGGGUGCUGCCAUGGCAGCAGGAGCAGCUGAGGGGGUCAGUGUGUGGAGCCUAAAUCCAGAAGAUCUCACUGAGGUCACUUCAGAAAAAUUCGAACCUCAGAUCAACCCAGAGGAGAGUGAACUGCGAUAUGCUCGCUGGAAGAAAGCUGUUCAGAGGGCUAUGAACUGGGAAACCACAGAACCAGUCAACAAUGGAAAUGAGGAGACUAGUAUCUUCAGUAGUGUUCCCUUGGGCUUUUACAUUCUGGGUAGCAUGUUUAUGUUAAUUGGAGCAAAGUACAUUGCAGCAGGGCAGAAGUAGACUUGAACCUUACUGCAUUUCAGAAGAUGGAAGAUGAAGUCAUUAGAAGGUCCAUGGCUUACCCCUUCACAAUCAAGAUGUGCUGUAGUGGCCUUGGCACAAGACAUUCCAACUGAAAGAGUUGUUAAUGCUUUCUGCAGAAAUGGUACCUCAAAAUGAUAAAUUAAGACCUUUCUGGCCACGUAGCAGGAAGUUUAUUGACCAUAUCUGGUAUGAUGAAAUCAUUAUUUCUCAUGUCCUCAUUAUUGUAGUUUCCCCACACUAUUCUCUAGAAGCAGCUCCUUACUUUAACGCUGAAGCUGCUGUGGCUUGGUGUUUCUGGUAUUUUUCAUGUACAGUACAUUCUAAUGGAAUUGUCAAUCUCUUGGCUGUGCAAAUCAGUCAUUGUCAAAUUUUCUAUAUUUUUUUUAAUGGCACUAACAGUCACAGAUGUCAACAGAUGUGUGUCUGUGUAUGGUGGUUUUAGUUUGAAGUUUGAAAGAGCAAGACGUACUAUUAGUACAAUUUAGUUACUUCUCAAACCUAUUCAGGAGAGUUUUAGUGCACUUUAUAAUGUAUUAUGCUGUUGUGUAACAGCAAGGGAACUGUACAAUCUCAUGUACAUAAUGUGGUGUUUUUCCUCCUCUUCUACAAUUUCAUAUGCCUGUUGGAAACGUUUGCCAUUUUGUUGACAAAAAUACUGUGCGUAGAAAUCAAGUUAACCUGUCCAAAACACUGUGGCCCUGCUUAUAGAAGUCGCACUACUGCAUAGCUUCUGCCUCAUAUAAGAGACCAUUAAACAGGAUGUCACUUGAGCAGUAUGGAAUCAACAUCUGAACAAUUACUGACGAGGUCUGCGUAACUAUAUUUGAACAAACAUACUGUUUUGUUAUCAAUUGUUUUGUCUUAUAUUGGGUCAAGUCACUGUAAUUUAAUCUCUGAAAUUGUGCAUGUAAAUUACAUUAAUGUGCAGCUCAAGGGAGCAAAGAUGUUCAAAUAUAAAAUUAAUUUGACCUAAGUAUUUCCUUUCAGUUCCAGCAACUGGUUUCUGUUUAGAUAUGUAACCUGAACUUGAAACGAAAUAGUUGACACCUGAUUUUUCUAUCAUACUUAAUGUCUGUGUAACGAAAUAUCACAAGUUCCAUGACAAUGAAGAAUUUAUGAACAGAUGUAAACACAUAAACAGAAGCGUUUUUUUUAUUGUUAUUUGCUAAAUUUAAUAAUACAGUUGCCAAUUUAGUGGUUUUAAAAAGCCAAUCUGUUUUGUGAUAAGCACUUGUAUAAUGUACUCUGAAUGGUACUUCCUUAAUUUGUCUUUGAUUUGCAUCCAUGAAUACUUGAAAUGUGAAAUAAUGUUUAAAAACUUGAUUUACAAAAAGUAGCCAGUAUUAAACUUAAGUAAUUUAUUUUC